AUCUCCCAUUAUUAUAUUAUAUCAUAUAUUUUAGAAAAUAAAACAACAUUUCUUCUUCAUCUCACUCAAUGCCAAGCUGUAGCAGGGUUCAAAGCAUGCUGCAGGCUGCGGUUCAAUCACUUCACUGGACUUACACCAUCUUUUGGCAACUCUCUCCACAACAAAGAGUUCUAAGGUGGAGUGAUGGAUUCUACAAUGGAGAAAUUAAGGUUAGGAGGACAGUAGAAGCAAUAGAAGCUAACAAGAGUAAUAGUAAUAAUGAGGAGGCGUCUCUCCAGAGAAGCAACCAGCUUAGAGACCUCUAUGACUUACUAUUGUCUGAUCGCCAGGGAGACCUCAUCUUUGCUACUGAUCCCCCGGCAACUCCGCGUCCUUGUACCGCCUUGUCGCCGGAGGAUCUUAGCGAAUCCGAAUGGUACUAUUUGAUGUGUGUCUCCUUCUCCUUUGCUCCUGGUGUAGGGUUGCCGGGGAAGGCAUAUGCGAGGAGGCAGCAUGUUUGGCUCCAAGGUGCAAACGAAGCGGACACCAAGACAUUUUCAAGAGCAAUUCUUGCCAAGAGUGCUCAUGUGAAGACAGUGGUGUGCAUUCCAAUGUUGGAUGGCGUCGUUGAACUCGGCACAACUGAUAAGGUAAAAGAAGACAUCAACUUAAUCAAACAUAUAAAGAGCUUUUUCGUAGGAGAUCACCACCAUCCCCAACCAAAGCAUGUCCUAUCUGAAAACUCUGCCUCCAAUCCCAUUACAGAAGAAGCUCAAUUAUUAUUGGAUUCAGAAACAGCAACCCUCCCACAAAGCAAACUUAAGGAGCUGGUCAUAGCAGAGGACAGUAGCCGAGCCGGAUCGCCGGAUGAUGGCUCCAAUCGGCUGAACUCAGCCGGGUUGGAGCUGCUUCCACCAGAAUCAGCAGCUUCACUAGAACUACUACAUGGUGAUGAGUAUGAUAAUAACUCAGAGGCCGAGACAUCUCACCUAUGUACGGAGCAAGAGAGCCACACACACUACUCUAAAACGGUGUCCACCAUCCUAGAAGGCAGCUCUGGCCACCGGCCGGAUGCUGUUUGCGGCUUAUUGUCCUUCCAAUCAGCUUUUGCCACGUGGAGCAGCAGUGCUUAUAACUGCAACCAGGUGACAGUGGUUGAAAACCCCCAACGGCUCCUCAAGAACAUAUUGUUUAGGGUUCCAUACUUGCAUCGCAAGCAAAACCGCCACAAUUCAGCACAAACCCUAGAACAAUUGGAAAGAACGAUAAUGCCUUCUCCACAAGAUGACCUAAUCAGCAGCCACGUGGCAGCGGAGCGGCGGCGUCGCGAAAAGCUGAACGAGAAGUUCAUCACGUUAAGGUCGUUGGUACCAUAUGUGACGAAAAUGGACAAGGCUUCUAUAUUAGGAGACACAAUUGAGUACGUGAAACAGUUGCACGAGAAGGUGAAGAAGCUGGAGGAGGAAGAUAAACGGCGGAGAAGUGGAAAGAAGAGGAAGGAGAGGGCGGUGGAGGUUUCGGUGAUAGAGGGUGAGAUUUUGUUGGAGGUGGAGUGUAUGAAUAGGGAAGGGUUGUUGCUUGAUUUGAUGAGAGCGUUGAAGGAUGUGGGAAUAGAGGUGAGAGGGGUAAAAUCGUCAUUUAAGGGUGAUGAUGAAAGGGUAUUUGUGGUGGAGUUAAGAGGCAAGGUGAAAGAAAAUGGAAAAAGGAAUAAUAAUAAUAAUAAGAAGAAGAAGAUUAGCAUCAUGGAAGUGAAGAAGGUCCUUCGUAACAUUAUAAACCCUCAUCAUCCACUAUAAUGCAUACAGCAUUGUUCACUACUCUUGGUGUUGAACUUAAAGAUAUUCUUUAUUUCUGAAGUAACUAU